UCAAAUACGCCCUUUAGGUUGUUACAACUUGUGUAUCAUCUAAAAUUCAGAGUUUCCCACUUGUAAAUACGACUUUGCUUGGUCAUUCAUGUGCUUGCAACUCUUUAUUACCAUAUUUCCAACUCCACUUGAAGGGUACAUAACAUUUUAAACUGCAUGGCACUGGUCAUGUUAAGUCAAUAUGGUGGUAGACUACAUUUGAGGGCAGCAACCCACUUCAUGUCAAAUAAAACAGCCUUUUUUGACGGGCUAUGACAGGAAUCUUCAAAAACUUUUUAAUAAGCAAAAAGUGCACUUUUAAGUAACAACUCACCAACUAACACGCCAUGUAGGCUAACCAAUAUGUCGCUAAACCUCAGUCUGAGGCGUUUACUCCCUAUGUAAAUAAAUAGCUAGCCUACUGUUGAUAGACAAAUCUGUAAAUAUGUAAAAUCCGAAUAGUGACCUGUGCAUUUACCAGAAAAGUUUAAACAUUCUCGUCAAACAUUCUUCUUCUUUUUUUUUUUUUUCAUUCUCAUUCCCCCUAGAGAAAUAUGAAACGACAUUUUGUCAAGUCUCAUGAUCUGGUCACAUGGUUCACGUCCAUGCGAUUGUAGCUGUACUGAACACAGAAAGAGUUUGGGAGGAGAGACAGGGAACAUCGCACAGGAGAGGAGAAUUCAUAAUGAUUAUAUUUCUCAUGUAAGAAGAUGCAAAUGUAAAGCGAAAUGGACAAAAAUGCGUUUUGAAAUCAUGAAAGCCGGCAAGGUGAAAUUAUGCGCGUCAAUUUGUAUGUGGCUUGGAAUAGUUACCUGGAUAGGAAAUGUUAAGUUGCAUCUUUGGUCCGUAUUUGUCCAACAAGCCACUGAACGAGGCUCUGGCGUUGUGUUCUCUUUGGCAAACGAGCAGGUAAACGUUUCUAAAAGACACGCGCUAGGAAACGCAGGAUUUCGCGAUGGAAAAAGUUUUCAUAUUCGCUCCCCGUUCAUUCUGGAUAACGUGGUCGAGCACCGGGUCUUCUGGAGCGCGUGGCUGGAAGGUCUCUCCACUCGUGUAUUUGGCGUGGAGCACGAGAGGAAGUGGAGAGAUCAAGUUCGGGACGCUCGGGUGGUCGUGCUUGAAGCGGGCUGCGGCAGACCCACAAACCGUCUCGCGACCUUCGCCGACGGCACGAAAGCAUGCGUGCGAUACGGCAUCAACGCGGAUCAAGUGCUGGGCGAAACGCUCUCGUAUUAUCUGGCGGAACUGCUUGGGAUUUCCAACCUUCCGCCCUUGGCGCUUUCCAAACUGAACCUGUCCAGUGAGCAGUGGGCAAGUGUGCGGGAAAAUAUCGAGGCAUUGGAAUGGUCGCCAAAUGCCAUUGUGUCUCUCACUGAGUUCAUCCCAAAUGUCACUGAAGUGUUUAUUCCAUUACAUUUACGAAAACAGCAAGGGGGAGGACUGCAACUCUCUGCUGAGACUAUAUCGAACAUGACUGUAACAUAUCUGGUUGAAUUAAUGCAGUGGAGUGAUCUAAUCUUAUUUGAUUAUUUAACAGCCAACUUUGAUCGAAUUGUCAGUCACAUUUUCAGUCUUCAAUGGGACGCGCGCGUAAUGGAAAGGACCACUAAUAACCUUCUCAAAACAAUCAAUGGACAUUUGCUUUUUAUUGACAACGAGGCAGGGCUUGUUCACGGAUACAGAGUGCUUGACCUGUGGGAACGAUAUCACAUAGUACUGCUAAGUUCGUCGUGUAUAUUUCGGAGAAGUACAGUCCGGCGGAUAUCUGAGAUGAAGCGCUCCGGAAACAGCGCAAAGCUGCUGUGUGAACUGUACCGCGCGAGGGAACCGUUAGCGCGCGAGCUGGGCUCUCUGUCUGAAGAGCACGCGCUUACAUUGCAGAACAGGAUUGAUGUCGUUUACAAACAUAUUAAGCAGUGCACAGAAGUCAUGUAGACAUUUGGCAGCUCGGCACAAGUGUUUCCAUUAUAUACGUUGAUGUAAAUAUUCGUUGCUGUCUGUACUGUUACUUUAUCAUAGCUAUCAGUCAUUCCAAUAUACUGCUUUAUAGAUUUAAUGAAUAACGAAUAGAGGUAUUAGCUGUUUAGUAUGUAUCAGCUGUUUAGUCUAUGGGCUGAUACAUUCUCCCUCUCCUGCUGAAGAAGAAAAAAAGAAAAGAAAAAAAAAAACAUCUGGUUUCCUAGGCUGCUCUUUUGGUUGGUUUUUAGAAGGAUUUGGAACAUUUCUCGGCUGAUCAGACAUGCUGCUGAGCAGCACUUUGGCCAGGCAGCAACCUGUUUUAAGAUGUUUUUUGUUAAAGGGAUAGUUCACCCACAAAUGAUGUCACCAUUUACUCACCCUCAAGUUGUUACAAACAUGUAUGAGUUUCUUUAUUCUGUUGAACACAAAAGGAAAUAUUUUGAAGAAUGUUGGUAAUCAGACAUUUGACAGUAGCCAUUGACUUCCACUGUAUUGUUUUUUCUUACUAUGGAAGUAAAUGGCUACCGUCAACUAUCUGGUUACCAACAUUCUUCAAAAUAACUUCUUGGUGAGCUAUCCCUUUAAUGUUUUUUGUUUUUUUUUCCUCCCAUGAGGGUCAAAAUAAUAAU